UGCGACCCCUGCCCGCAGCCCGCAACCUGGCGGGCUGCGCUGGCCGGGCGCCAUGCGGAGGGGCGAGCGCAGAGUUGCGGGAGGCUCGGGUUCCGGAUCUUCGCUGCUCGAGGGCCGCCGCAGCACCGAGUCGGAGGUCUACGACGAUGGCACCAACACCUUCUUUUGGCGUGCCCACACCUUAACUGUGCUGUUCAUUCUCACCUGUGCGCUGGGCUAUGUGACUCUCCUAGAAGAAACCCCUCAGGACACAGCCUACAACACUAAGAGAGGUAUUGUGGCCAGUAUUUUGGUUUUCUUAUGUUUUGGAGUCACACAAGCCAAAGAUGGGCCAUUUUCCAGACCUCAUCCAGCUUACUGGCGGUUUUGGCUGUGUGUUAGUGUGGUCUACGAGUUGUUUCUCAUCUUCAUCCUCUUCCAGACAGUCCACGAUGGCCGGCAGUUUCUGAAGUAUGUGGACCCCAGGCUGGGAGUCCCAUUGCCAGAGAGGGACUACGGGGGCAACUGCCUCAUCUAUGACGCUGACAACAAGACUGACCCCUUCCACAACAUCUGGGACAAGCUGGAUGGCUUUGUUCCUGCACACUUCAUUGGCUGGUAUCUGAAGACCCUCAUGAUCCGGGACUGGUGGAUGUGCAUGAUCAUCAGCGUGAUGUUCGAGUUCCUGGAGUAUAGCCUGGAGCACCAGCUGCCCAACUUCAGCGAGUGCUGGUGGGACCAUUGGAUCAUGGACGUACUCAUCUGCAACGGGCUGGGCAUCUACUGUGGCAUGAAGACCCUUGAGUGGCUGUCCUUGAAGACAUACAAGUGGCAGGGCCUCUGGAACAUUCCAACCUACAAGGGCAAGAUGAAGAGGAUUGCCUUUCAGUUCACGCCCUACAGCUGGGUACGCUUUGAGUGGAAGCCGGCCUCCAGCCUGCACCGCUGGCUGGCUGUGUGUGGCAUCAUCUUGGUGUUCCUGCUGGCAGAGCUGAACACAUUCUACCUGAAGUUUGUGCUAUGGAUGCCUCCUGAACACUACUUGGUCCUCCUGCGUCUGGUCUUCUUCGUGAACGUGGGUGGUGUGGCCAUGCGUGAGAUAUACGACUUCAUGGAUGAACUGAAGCCCCACAGGAAGCUGGGCCAGCAAGCCUGGCUGGUGGCAGCCAUCACAGUCACAGAGCUGCUCAUCGUGGUGAAGUAUGACCCGCACACACUCACCCUGUCGCUGCCCUUCUACAUCUCGCAGUGCUGGACUCUGGGCUCCAUCCUGGUGCUUACGUGGACUGUCUGGCGCUUCUUCCUGCGGGACAUCACCAUGAGGUACAAGGAGACCCGGCGGCAGAAGCAGCAGAGUCACCAGGGCAGAACCAUCAACAAUGGGCAUCCAGGGACGGAUGAUGACCUGCCAGGGUCUGGGACUGCAGAGGAAGAGGGGACCAAUGAUGGUGUACCUGCUGAGGAGGGGGCCUCAGCUGCUUCUUGAGC